GCACCUGUUAAUCAUAUCUACCUGAUAAGCCCGCGUGCUCCCGACGGGGAGCCCCAGGAUCGCUCGCCCAUUCCCCGCGGACCAUGGCGUCGUCGUCGACCGCGAGCGCCGCGCUGGCCGUGCUCCUCACGGUCGGACUCGCCGUGCUCUCCCGUGGCGCGCAUGGAGCGUUCGUGGUCCGGGCCGGCAGCUCGCUGGCGGACAUCGCCUACCCCGGCCAGUUCCCGUGGCACGCCGCCGUGCACGUCGCCGGCGCGGACGCCAACACCCUCCUGGGCUCCGGGGCGCUGGUGUCCCAGCAGUACGUCCUGACCGCGGCCAGCAUACUCCCCGAGGACGCGGAGAAGGCCAAGCUGGAGGUGGUUCUCGGCGUCGUCACCCUGCGCCAGACGGGCACCCGCGUGGGGGUGAAGGGGGUGACGAAGCACGACGAGUGGAAGCCCGAGAGCCGGGCGCUGCACGACCUCGCCCUGCUCCAGCUGGAGACCUCCAUCAUGCUGCCCAACGACAACACCAUCGCGCUCGCGCUGCUGCCGCCGAGGUUCUACCGGGGCGCCACCUACAAGGACCAGAGCGUCUCCGUGAGCAGCUGGGGAGGCGAAACCGACGACUACAAGGGCCUGUUCCUCCGGGAGGUCGUCGUCAGGGUGCUGAGCAACCGCGACUGCCAGAGCCAGCGCAGCGUCCAGACGGAGCGCGUCCCGCGGUCGCAGCUGUGCGCCGUGCAGGCGGCCGGCGACGACACCCUCCUGGGGACGGCCGACGCCGGCGACCCCGCCGUGUUCGCCGAGCCUUCCGGAGCCUACCGGCUGAUCGGCAUCGUGUCGGCCGAGAGGCAGAGCGCCUCGGGGCGGCCGACCGUCCUGGCCAGGAUCACCGAGCACCUAGACUGGAUCGCCGCCAACUCGGACGCGAUCAUCGGCUGACGACGACGUCCUCCCGGAUCACCCGCGCACACCACUCCGAGCCCCGUUUUCUUCACUCACCGACGAUAAUAAAGCCCCUACGACCUACA